AUGAAAGCACAUUUAAAAGAACAAGGAGAUUGUAUAUGGGAAACCGUUGAAAAUGGUCCGCAUAAUCCGACUAGUGUGGUCAAUGGUAUUGGCACAUCUAAGGUUAAAAGCUCAUAUGAUGAAGACAAUAAGAAAAGAAUAUUUAAUGAAAAGAAAACUAUCAAUAUUCUUCAAAGUGCAUUAAGUAUGGAUGAGUUCUUCCGCAUAUCUCAAUGUCAAUCGGCUAAAGAAAUAUGGGACACUUUGGUGGAGACUCACGAAGGAACUGCUGAAGUUAAAAGAUCCAGAUUAAACACAUUGAGUCAAGAAUAUGAAAUGUUCAGAAUGUUGCCAGGAGAAUCCAUUGUUACAUUGCAGAAGAGAUUCGUCCAUUUGACAAAUCAUUUGAUUGCACUCGGAAAGACUUUUACAAAUGAUGAUAUCAACCUUAAAGUUCUUAGAUCAUUGACAAGAGAAUGGCAACCGAAAGUAACGGUCAUAUCCGAGAAGAAGAGUCUCUCGACCAUGACAUCCGCAUCAUUGUUCAGAAAACUUCAAGAACACAAAUUGGAACUUGGAAGACCUGAACAACAUGAAAAUCAAGAAAAGAAGUCCAAAGGUAUCACUCUAAAAGUCGAGUCAAAAGAAGAACAAACAAAUGAUGAUCCUGAAGAAGAUGAGAAUUUUAUGCUUCUUGUUAAAAGACUCAGUAAGUUAUUUGGUAAAAAUGAUAAAUCAUUUAACUAUGCAAAUAGAAAGAAAUAUUUCAUGAAAAGGGAGGCUUCCACGUCUACACAAGAUGUCACAUGCUAUGAAUAUGGAAAGCAAGGUCAUAUAAAGUCGGAUUGUCUGAAACUAUCCAAGAAAGGUGGAUUUAAAGGCAAGAAGGAACUCAAGAAUAAAGAGGCGUAUGUUGCAUGGGAAGAUAAUGAGAUAAGUUCUUCAUCCGAAUCGAAAAGCGACGAAUGUGAAAAUAUAGCAUUGAUGGUUUCACACCACUCCGAUGAUGAAGAAAAUGAGGUUAGUAACAAUUUUUCUCUUUAUGAUAGUGAUGCACAAGGUGCUAUAAAUGAACUUCUUGAAGAAUGCAAAAUCUGUAUAAAACAAUAUCAUCUCAAAAGAAACAAAUUUCAUCUCUAG